AUGGACCCCACUUCCCCCAACAUCCUCCUCCUCCUGCACCAUGAUGGAGUUUUUAUCCCCAUGGAGAUCAAGGUCCAGUGGCUGAAGAAUGGGUGGCCAGAAAAGGAGGGUGUGGCCUUUGGGGAGGAGUUCCAGAAUGGAGACUGGACUUACCAGCUCCAGCCUGAGCCACACCGAGGCGGUGAUGCUGGAGACCCAGCCCCAGCGGGGGACCUCUAUGCUUACAAGGUGGGGCAUGUCAGCCUGGAGGCCCCCAUCACCGUCCAGUGGGCCCCAUUCCUCCAGCUCUGCCGGGAGCAAACUCUGGACGGGGAUCAUGGGGGCCGUGUUAGGAGUGGCCUUCCUGGCUGUGGGCUCUUCUCCUACCUGAAGAGCCAGAAAGGUGUCGUCACAGGACUCUGCCUGGGACCGAUGACGCUUAGGAGAAUUAUUGCUUCAGCCCUUCUGGUCCCUCAGCUCAAAGUCCAAGAAAAAGACAAAGAUGCGUUCAUCAAAGGUGUCGUCACAAAGGACUCUGCCUGGAGACCGAUGACGCUUCAGCAGGGAGAAUUCCCAUUGGUGCUUCAGCUCCUUCUGGUCCCUCCCAGCUCCAAAGUCCAAGAAAAAGACAAAAGAUGCGUUCAUCAAAGGCGCUUCCCCAUUGGCCCACUGGAGAGCGAAUGGGAAGGAAAUGAGAGCACAAAAGCUUGCCGCUCUAGGACUUUGCCCUCGCUCUCCUUAACCUCUGAGGAGGCGGAGACGCUGCGGGAGAGUCUGGCGGGGGGACAUCCAGACGUGCCUCGGAUACAGAAACUGGAAGCCAUUUGUGGUCUUUCCAAGGCAAACUUUUCUCUUGGGGGAGAAAAAAAGAGCGGAAUCACCUGCAGGGAUCAGUCCUGCGGCCCUAGAAAUGGUCCCGUGAAGGAAGAGGCAUCUGGAGACCCACCAGAGUCCUUGGAGCCAUUUGGAGUUGCUCUGCAGGAGAGAGAAAGGAUGGAGACACAAUCUUUGGGAAAGGAGGGAGCCGGAAAAGGCCUUUCAGCUGCUCAGCCUGGGAAGGGGGAGAAGCUCUGGACAAGGACUGGGCAGAAGAUCCUGGAGGAGGAAACCAUCCUCCCUUCAGAAGUUCAGCCCUGGAGCUUCGUCCAAUACCGGAAGGUGGAGGGUCCCCGAGGACUUUGCAGCCAACUCCAUGACUUUUGCAGGCGAUGGCUGAGACCAGAAAAGCACACCAAAGCCCAGAUGCUGGACCUGGUGGUUCUGGAGCAGCUCCUGGCUCUCCUGCCCCCAGAGAUGGAGGGCUGGGUGCGGGAGUGUGGAGCAGAGACCAGCUCCCAGGCGGUGGCCCUGGCGGAAGGCUUCCUCUUGAGCCAGGCGGAGGAGCAGAAGGAGCAGGUCCAGUUGCAGUGUAGCCCAGUGGAGAUCAAAGAUCCUGAGGGAAGGAAGAACCCAUCAAAUCCCCCUCAGGAGCUAUUUUUCAGGAGGAUCCAUUGGGAAGAUCCAAGUCAGGACACUUCAGAAGAGAAAGAAAGGACGAAGCUUUCUGGUUUUUAUGACAGAGAUCAAACAGCGGUUGAACUUCCAAAUCAAGAGAGUCUGGUUUCCUUUGAGGAAGUGGCUGUGUCUUUCUCUGAGGAGGAAUGGUCUCAGCUGGAUCCUGACCAGAAAGUGCUGCAUUCGGAAGUCAUGCUUGAAAACCAUAGGAAUGUGGUCUCUCUGGGUAAUAAUGGACAGGAGAAUCAAGAUUUCUGUGAACUGUUCCAAGUGAUCAAUCCUAAAGAAGGAAGGGAGAAGUUUGGAAUUCAAAUGGAAUUAGGAAGCCAUGAGAGAAACCACUCAAAGAAUUGGGAUCAGGAAAGCUCAUCUUCCACCGAUGCUCCAAUGCAAGACUUUCUUGCCCAACAAGAGAAAAUAAGGGAAAAAUAUACUGGAAAAAGUGUGGAUCUAAUCAAAGCUAAAGUACAAGUAAAUGAACACUAUUUAACGCAAAACAAAGGAGAAAAUGCUAUAAGAAGACACAACGGACAAAAUUACAAUGGGACAUUAAUUCUUUCUCUUGGAAAUAAUUUCCUUACAUCUCAAAAAGUGAUUGACACAAAAGAGAAGCCUUAUAAAUGUUUGGAAUGUGGAAAAUGUUUUAGAACAAGCAGGAAUUUUACUUCCCAUAAGAUGAUUCACACAGGGGAGAAACCAUAUAAAUGCAUGGAAUGUGGAAAGACCUUUGGUCAAAGAGGUAAUCUUUAUUCCCACAAAAGGAUCCACACAGGGGAGAAGCCGUAUAAAUGCAUGGAUUGUGGAAAGACCUUUGCUCAAAAACGUAAUCUUAUUUCUCAUAAGAUGCUCCACACAGGGGAGAAGCCAUAUAAAUGCAUGGAGUGUGGAAAGACCUUUGUUCAAAGAAAUAAUCUUAUUUCUCAUAAGAUGAUCCACACAGGGGAGAAGCCGUACAAAUGCAUGGAGUGUGGAAAGACGUUUACUAAUGGCAGUGGACUUAGAAGCCACAAAAAGAUCCACUCAGGAGAGAAACCAUUUAAAUGCAUGGAGUGUGGAAAGACAUUUACUCAGAGCAGUGGACUUAGAAGGCACAAAAUGCUCCACACAGGGGAGAAGCCGUAUAAAUGUUUGGAAUGUGAAAAAUGUUUUAAAACAAGCUGGGAUCUUACUUCCCAUAAGAUGAUCCACACAGGGGAGAAACCAUAUAAAUGCAUGGAAUGUGGAAAGACCUUUGGUCAAAGAGGUAAUCUUUAUUCCCACAAAAGGAUCCACACAGGGGAGAAACCAUAUAAAUGCCUGGAGUGUGGAAAGACCUUUGCUGAAAAACAUAAUCUUAUUUCUCAUAAGAUGCUCCACACAGGGGAGAAGCCAUAUAAAUGCAUGGAGUGUGGAAAGACCUUUGCUCAUAGAAGUAAUCUUAUUUCUCAUAAGAUUCUCCACACAGGGGAGAAGCCGUACAAAUGCAUGGAGUGUGGAAAGACAUUUACUCAGAGCAAUGGACUUAGAAGCCACAAAAAGAUCCACUCAGGAGAAAAGCCAUUUAAAUGCACGGAAUGUGGAAAGACCUUUGCUCAUAGUUGUAAUCUCAUUUCCCACAAAAUGAUCCACACAGGGGAGAAGCCGUAUAAAUGCCUGGAUUGUGGAAAGACCUUUGCUCAAAAACGUAAUCUUAUUUCUCAUAAGAUGCUCCACACAGGGGAGAAGCUAUAUAAAUGCAUGGAUUGUGGAAAGACCUUUGCUCAAAAACGUAAUCUUAUUUCCCAUAAGAUGAUCCACACAGGGGAGAAGCCAUAUAAAUGCAUGGAGUGUGGAAAGACGUUUAUUGAUGGCAAUGGACUUGGAAGCCAGAAAAAGAUCCACUCAGGAGAGAAACCAUUUAAAUGCAUGGAGUGUGAAGAGACAUUUACUCAGAGCAGUGGACUUAGAAGGCACAAAAAGCUCCACACAGGGGAGAAGCCGUAUAAAUGUUUGGAAUGUGGAAAAUAUUUUAGAACAAGCUGGCAUCUUACUUCCCAUAAGAUGAUCCACACAGGGGAGAAACCAUAUAAAUGCAUGGAAUGUGGAAAGACCUUUAGUCAAAGAGGUAAUCUUACUUCCCAUCAGAUGAUCCACACAGGAGAGAAGCCGUAUAAAUGCAUGGAAUGUGGAAAGACCUUUGUUCGAAGAGAUAGACUUAUUUCCCAUCAGAUGAUCCACACAGGAGAGAAGCCAUAUAAAUGCCAGGAGUGUGGAAAGACCUUUGCUCAAAAACGUAAUCUUAUUUCCCAUAAAAUGAUCCACACGGGAGAAACUAUAAAUGCAUAUAAAUGCAAACCAUAUAGUCUGUUUAUCUACUAAAAGUAAUCUAUACGAAUUGGUUUUCAACAAAAUGCCAAAAUAAAACUUGAAUUUCCACUGAUUUAAAUCUAUUCUAUCCAUUUUCUUGCUAAAAGAUUUUUUCUUAUCCAGAAUUUGCAUUUCUUGUUCAAACGAAUAGUCAUAAUUUUCACUUUGUAAAGCCACUGCUUUCUUUUUAGCUAUUCCACAAAGAUCUUUAAUGAUCCAAGAGGGAAAUGGGCUUAUUGAAAAAAACAACAACACCGAAAUGUUUUUCUUUGUCUGGGUGGCAACCAGAUUAGAUCCCGGCUUUAAAUUGCAAAUAAAUUGAAUGUUCUUCAGCAUUAUAGAAUUAAACUGUUAUUAAACAAAAUCCUUUCUACCAAAAAAAUGCUUUUAAAAGUAAAAAAAAAAGUUGGCCAUGCCCAACCAGUCACAUUACCACCACCACCACCAAGCCACACCCACAGAACCAGUAGUAACAAAUUUUACAUUUCACCCCUGGUGGAAGUGGGGUUGCUCUCUAUAUAAGAAAUAACCAAACUGCUCCAGAAACGCAAUAGAAGAAAGAGGAAAACCUCCUUCAAUGCAUUUGGGUUGAUAUAAAAGGGGGAAAAGAAGCACAGACGUCGAAUCCUUUGUCUGACAGGGAGACAUGGAGAGGGUUUUUUUCUUCCUCCUACUCCAAUGCCCAUCAUCCCCGCCCUCGCUCUUCCCCAUGUCAUGAUUCCAGAAAAACCUCUUCUGCAUGGAAAAAACUCUGAAGCCAUUGUCUUUCAAAGUUCUUUACUAGCAUAAGGAAACUGACACACGAUGAGUGAAAUUCCAAAACUGAAACUUCCGGAUUCUUUUCCCAGUUAUACAAACCCCAAGAGUCCCACCCCCCUAACCCCUUUGCCAGUCACACGGUUCAACGUUCUUCCACUUUAUUCGAAACCUCUUCUUGCCACUCCUGCAGAUGCGAACACAAUCCGACCUUGACCGCUUGAAGAAUGUUACCAUACCCAUCAACCCCACUUCUUCCCCUCAGGGGAGAAAUGUGGCAGCGUCUGGAAACCUACGGCCUUGUAUGGUUUCCAGGCCUGACAGGCGCCUCCCUUGCAAAAGAAGUUA